AUGAUUUCAUCCGAAAAUCCGACGAUCGAUUCGCCACCAUCCUACUCGGAAAACGUCAACAAUGAAUCGACGCCAACAGUUCCAUCUCCUGUCUACACUAUCCCGCGAACUUCACCCACCCCCCCUGAUAACGCUCUACCUCCCGAAGACAACUCGUUGCCUUCCUAUGAUCACGUGAAAGUGGACAUACCACCAGAGUAUCCAAGCAAGCCGGGCAAACAACUGCAACCCGAUCACCCUUGGGACCUCGUGCCCGUCGAACCACAAGAACCGUGGCCAGUCACAAAGAAGUUGUAUAUCGCCGGUCGUCGCUAUUUGCAAAACUCGCAAUCACCUGACCUCAGGAAAUUAGAUGUCGCGAUGAAAAAUUCGCAGUUUGUGAAGGCAUGUUUGCGUGAAUUGCUUGACGCAUUUUAUCGCAUAUCUUCUAGGGAACAAAGGAUCGUUAAACGAUUUUCACAAAUUGUGCAUAAUGAACUUUCCGAUGUUAAUGUCAUAGUCGACUUCUCCAAUGGACAGAUAUCGACUGUGAACCCCGAUUACUGUUCCUUCUACCUGGUGUCAAUAUGCAAGAAACAGAAAAUCGAUUCAAACUGGAACAGGUGUCUACCAGCCAAGCUUUACUUUAAAAGGUCAGAUGGAAGGAUAUAUAAGGAAUUUGAUAUUCUGAAGAUGGAAUCGAUUGUCGAAGGCGUAGACAAUUUUUGCAAAAGGGUUUCUCUUCAUAUCGUCAACGUGAUUGGUGUAAAAUUCAGUAGUACAAGAUUUGUGGAGGACUUCAUUGAGCCGCCGUUUCCAAAACCAAUUCCCGAAAAUCUAAUAUCAGCGUGGUCAAGCGAACUAGACAGACCCGACAAAGCCAAUGUUAAAAUAAAUGUUCAAGGUCAAACGAUAUACGCAAGUAGCACAAUACUGGCCAAAAGAUCAGAAUAUUUCCAACGAAUUUUCGAGGGUGAAUGGGCCGAAUGUAAUCGCGAUGUAGAUGUCCCAAUGAUGACUGACGAUCUUGUUUCAAAUCCUAGCACCUCACCACCCUCAUCUUUCUCCUCUAAUAAAAGCGAAGUUUCGGUAUCGCGAUCACCAUCGCCGACUUUACGGCGUUACAAAUACGAGAUCAACAUCACGGAUUUCAAGUAUCGGACCGUUUUACAAAUGUUAAAUUUUCUUUACACCAAUCAAUUACCAAUCUGUAAAGAUGGUGGUGACGACGAGGACGGCGAAGAUCAAGACAUCUGGGAAUUAUAUAGUAUAGCGGACAAGUAUCUCUUGACCGACCUGCAAAGCGAAAUAAAAUCAAACUUAACUUUAAAGACGGAUAGAAAGAAUGCAGCCGAGAUGUUAUUUAAAUAUGCUUGGAGGUGGAAAGAAUUGAAAGCGAUUAUGAUGCCUUACGUGUAG